AUGCUUCCAACAUCAGCAAGUGAAAAUUCAACAGCGCCAAUAACCUCAGUCGCUACUGUAGCAGCAACAACGACAACCAGUACGAAGACGACGACGGUAACGAAUUCAGAAGGGCCAACCACAACUAAGCAUCAGCCGGGUCGUCCAAGAAUCACCGGUCCUCCACUACGUAAACCUCGACCACAAACUAAAAAACCGGAGUACAAGACUCGACCUGGCGCAGGAGUAUGUCCAGCUGGGAAUCACGUGGUUCGCGAUAAGACGACAAAUUACUUGAUCGUUUGUAACGGUGAGAAACCGGUGUGCCCACCGCGUUCAUAUUGCUAUGUGACCGGAUAUGCUGACGAAGAGUACAACUGCUGUAGUGCCUGA